AUGUGGUUGUAUAGAAAGAAACUGUUGGAAGAAAAAGAAGCAUACUACUUGGAGGAAUGCAAAGAUGAAGGAUUUAUUGAAAAAGAACAAGAACAAGAGUAUGAUGAAGGAUCCCAGUGUCAAGAUGAUGACACACUAUUUAUUGAUGAUGAUGAUACAAUGGAUAUGAUUGGAGGAAUGAGAAACAAAAGCAGUCAUUUAAAACUCUUCUUCGUGUUGUGGUUCACGAAUCAACACAAAGACAUGCAGAGAAUGAGGGGAACACCAAAUACAUUUUUUUGUGAUACUAAUAUAGCCUCCUUUCUGGGUUGUGUUGUUUUGUGUUGCAUGCAACGGACAGCUGUCGCUUGCUGCCUUGCUGGUAUUGACCAGAUGCUAGUUUUGGCAAAGGGAAGUAGAAAGCUUCAGGCAGUAGCUGCAACGCCUCCAAGAAAGCCACUGGAAGCUGCUGCUUGUGAGGUUCCAAACCGAUAUUCGUUCACGGGAUUCAAGGCAGAAAGUUGUCAGCGUAACAUUACUGUUAAAGAUUUGGGUAUAAAAGUCGAUAUUGGCUUAGGUAAGCACAAGGACUAUCUAGUUGAGGCGGAUCUGGAGUCUUUAUUGCGAUUCAAGGCCGUUUCUAAGUCCGGGUAUGCUCUAGUCGAACACCCAGAUUUUAUCUCCACGCAUUUCAAUUAUUCCAAUGCAUAUAGACAAGGACUUUUGGCUGUGAAGGGUAACGAGAACAUGCGUGGUGAUUGGAAUAUAACCAGUAUCUUUUUGCAUUCUUUGGAUAAUGUGGCUGAAAAUGUUCCUUUCCCAUCCCCCUCCCGUCGUAAUAAUGGUUAUUUGCGUUUCUUGGGGUCUUGUAAUGGCUUGGUCUGCCUAGCAAUUGAUUUCAUAUCAACCAUUGCCUUAUGGAACCCUGCAACGAGACAAUAUAGAUCUGUCAAGGUACCCCGUGUUUUUGAUCAGUUUAAGACUGCUUUUCUUGACACAUUUGGAUUUGGGUUUCUGCCGGAUGAGAAUGAUCACAAUGUUGUGAGAAUCCCGGGCAAGUUGCACAUAGCGGACAUGGGUGGCGGAGGUGCAGGUACCGGUACCACUGUGGUUUGGGUGUACACCUUGAACUCAGAUUCUUGGAGAGUAAUACAAGUUGCACUGGCGGAUUUGAGUUUUGGAUUUGCAUUUCGGUUACCUUCCAUGAAUGGGUUCUUGCACUGGAUGGCACGUACACUUAAUAAUGUGGAUGUUAUUGUUUCUUUGGACAUAAGAAAGAAGGUAUUUCAACUGAUAGCACUGCCCAAUUCUGGUGGUUUUCACGGAAAAAUGAUCAAGAGGGAAAUCGUUGUUCUAAAGGGAUCCCUUUCUAUGAUUUUGUCUUCAGUGACUGUGCCUACUUCCUUCGAGGUAUGGUUGAUGACUGAAUAUGGUGUGCAAGAGUCUUGGACUAAGCAAUUCGCAAUUGAACUUGGACACUGUCCAAGAACAGUACUGUGCCCAGUGGGAGUCUGGAAAACUGGUGAUAUUGUCUUUAAAUAUAUGGAGAAUAACUCUCAUGAGGAGCUGUUGUUGUAUGAUUGUAGUAGCAAAGAGAUAAAGCACUCUCGACUUCACGAAAAGCCGGGUUCUUUCCGUUUAGUCCACAAUUUUGUGGAGAGCCUAGUUUCCACCGAUGGAGGAAGAGGAGCUCUAGAACUGUAG